AUGCGCUACGUGGAGGCGCCACUGAACUACCGCUUCCCAUGCGAGGGACAACGCGAGGCUCCGAUGUUCCGCGCGGCCGAGCGCCGGACUCACCCCGCCCGGUUUGCGAAUCACCGGUUCGCGACGAUUCGCGCUUACAAGAUGCGCGGUGACUCGCGCGCAAUUCCCAGCGCCGAAGCACGCCCAGGCUCCACGCCCUGCGGGACCCCGCCGCCGUGGGUGCAGGAACGCCUGAGGGUUGCCCACGAGCUGUUCUUCCAGAGCCGGCGCUUGGGGCCAAGCGACACGGACCACGGCAUGCCGUGGGUCCUCCUGCAGAGCGCCGGGCACCUGGUGGAGGUCGGCUCCGGGCUCGAGGGGCUCGAGGCCGAGGCGGACCGCCGAGGCAAGGCCCACGCCAGCUUCGCGCACACUGCCGGCUUGGAGGCGACAGCGAACGCCAAUUUCCUGGCGAAGCUCGGCGUCCCCGCGCAGUGCCUGCGCCAGGACGUCCUCAGCUACAACACGCUGAGCAACGCCUACCACGCGCGGGCCCGCUUCGUGGAGCCCUGGAAGCUCAGGCGGGCCGUCGUCGUGACUAACCGCUUCCACAUGCCGAGAGCCAGGCACACCUUCGAGACGAUCUUCGCGCUGCCGCAAGAGGUCAAUGAAAAGGGCGGGAAGCUCAACAUCGCGGUCAGCUUCCGCGAUGUCGCAGACUUGGGGAUACCCCCUUCAGCGAUGCGCGGUCGCAUGGAGUACGAGAAGUCCUCCCAAGAGUGGUUCGAGCGCAUGAAGACGACUUUUACCUGCAUGGACUCCGUCAACACGUUCCUCAAGGCGAGCCAGCCGGACACUGGGCUGAUGUACCUCGACGGCGACAGCGAGGGUGCCAUGCAGCAGCAUGGUGCGGUCCGACCGCACGGGCUCCUUUUGGCCGACGACGGGGUUCCUGCGCUUGCGGGCUGA